AUGACUUCACGAGCAGCCAAAUUAGCCAAGGAGGCUGCAGAAACGAAGCCUGCUUCUGCUAAUACUACCACUAAUGCUGGCGCCGCUGGUGAAGGUGCUGCUGCUGGUGCAAGUGCGGCUGAGUCUUCUUCUACUGCUGCUGCAGCUACAGCUGUCAAGCCUAAAAAGACAAUAUGGCAAAAAGUUAAAGACGAAGCUGUACACUAUUGGCACGGCACCAAGCUGCUGGGUCUGGAAAUCCGUAUUUCUUCGAAACUGACGUGGAAGCUGUUAAACGGCGGCCAUUUGACGCGACGAGAAGCCAGACAACUUCGUCGUACGACAUCCGAUAUCAUGCGUCUUGUGCCUUUUGCAGUAUUUAUAUUGGUUCCCUUCAUGGAACUGUUGCUUCCAGUGGCACUCAAAUUAUUCCCGAACAUGUUGCCUAGUACUUAUGAGAGUAAAUCCACUGAGGAAGAAAAGAAGCGCAAGCUGCUCAAGGUUCGAUUAGAAAUGGCAAAAUUCUUGCAAGAGACCAUUGCCGAGUCUGGAUUCCCCGGUUCCGACAGCUCACAAACUGCUAAAGAAUUCUCUGACUUUUUCAGAAAAAUCCGUAUGACGGGCGAGCAAGCAACUACAGAAGAUUUGCUCAAGGUUGCUAGACGGUUCGAAGAUGAACUCACGCUUGACAACCUUUCCCGACCUCAACUGGUAUCCAUGUGUAAAUAUAUGAACAUCAAUGCAUUCGGCACAGACAAUUUCCUUCGUUUCCAGAUUCGUAAUCGCAUGCGCCAAAUUAAAGCGGAUGACAGAGUUAUUCAAAGUGAAGGCAUUCCAAGUCUUACCAUCCAAGAAUUACAAAGCGCUUGUGCUGCACGUGGUAUCCGAACCGUUGGUGCUUCGCCUGGCCGUUUGAGAGAUGAAUUAGCACAAUGGGUUGAUCUGAACUUGAACCAUCAAGUGCCUUCCACGCUUCUUAUUUUAUCCCGAGCAUUCUCCUUCACAGACCGAAGCUUGACUACUGAAGAUGCUCUUCGUGCUACUUUCAACAGCUUGCCUGAUAACUUGGUCAAUGAAACUGAGCUGCAAGUGCUCGAAUUGGUUGGCCAGAGCACAUACAAGCAAAAAUUGGAUGUACUUGAACAGCAACAGGAGUUGAUCGAAGAUGAAUCAGAGCAAGAAGAAAAGGAAGCCAAGGCACGACGCGAAGAAGAGGAGGCAGAAAGCCAGCGAGCUGCUGAAGAAGCUAGACAACAGGGCAAAAAGAUAGACGAGAAACUCUCAGACGAAGAACAACAAGAACUACAAGAUGCACUUGCGAAGCUUCGUACAAAGGUUGACGUUCUUGAAGAGCGUGCUCAAUUGAACGAAAUCAAAUUCCACCAUCAAGACUACAAAGAGCUCAUUGAACAGCUCAAGGAUGCUACUCACCGCGAUGCGGACAAGGCCAGUUUGAGAUUGGGCAAGAAGCUCGAAAAGAUGUUGAAUGAGAUCGACCAAGAGCUGGAUACAUUAGAAAAAGAUCAAGAAGUGAAAGAAGCUAAAAAGGAAACAGUAAAUGAUAGCAAAAAGGAACAGUAG